GAGGACGCUCGACAUUCGAUUUUCCUCAUCAAAUUUUCUGUUUCUCGUUUGUUCGCCUCCGCUGGUCUUAUCCUCCGCCACUUUGUUGUGGCUGUUGGCUGUACCUGACGACUUGCUAGUCGAGUCUCCUUACCUUCAUUUUCCAUUCACAUUCAUUUUCUGCUCCUGCGUCCGCAACUGCUGUCUGUCUUCGACCCAGCACACCUUGAUCAGCCGCAUCUGUCACUUCAAUUUACACAAGACACUUCUCGAUAUCAACUAUGUUUGUAUUCAAGUCUGCGGCUCAGGCUGGCGCUGUUCUGGCUUUCGCACAACUCGUGCGUGGACACGGCUAUGUCCAGGAGCUUACUGUCGGUGGUACGGAUUACACUGGCUACCUUCCUUACAACGACCCUUACACCACCCCAACUCCCACUCGGAUCGUCAGGUCUUUCACCAGCAACGGUCCUGUUGCUGACUUCACGACCGACACAAUCACAUGUAACGACGGUGGAGACACCGCCGCUGGCGCUAGCGCCACUGUAGCCGCUGGUGACCAGGUAGAGUUCUUCUGGACCGCCUGGCCUUCCUCCCAUGAGGGUCCUACCAUGACCUACAUGGCCAAGUGUGACUCCGACGACUGCUCAACUUUCUCCGGACAGGAUGGAGACGUCUGGUUUAAGAUUGACCACGCUGGUCUCAAUGAUGACCUCACCUGGGCUUCUGACACCCUCAUUGCCAACAACAACUCCUGGACCGUGACCAUCCCCGACGACAUCGCACCUGGUGGCUACCUCCUUCGCCACGAGCUUUUGGCACUCCAUGGUGCCAGCACUGUUCUUGGUGCUCAAUUCUACCCUAUGUGCGCCCAGCUCGUCGUCACCGGCAGCGGUACCGCCGAGCCCUCUGGUGUAGCCUUGCCCGGUGCCUACGCCACUGAUGACCCUGGUAUCCUCAUCAACAUCUACUAUCCCACGGUGACCAGCUACGACAUCCCUGGUCCUACUGUGUAUACCGCAGGUGGAUCCACCGGUUCAACCGCUGCCGCUAGCUCAUCCACUGCUGCAGCCUCUAGUGCCGCCACAUCCGCCGCCGCAUCCGCCGCCACAUCCGCUGUCACUUCAGCCGCUACAUCUGCCAGUGUCACGUCGGUCGCAAGCUCAUCUGCCUCUGCCUCCAGUGCUACUGUCACCUCUGCCGCCACCUCAUCCAGUGCCGUUGCCGCCGUUUCAAGCUCAGCCUCUGGUGACGCUUCUGCCUGCCCCGUCCCAUCUUCAUCCGCAUCGUCCGCUGCUGCCACCGUUACGUCGGCCUCUUCCGCCGCCGCCAUUACGAGCUCUAAGGUAGAAACUAGCGUCAAGGCUUCGUCGAGCGCCGCAGCGACGACUUCUGUCGCCAGCUCCAUUAUCUCCUCUUCCGCAAGACCCACUGCAGCAGCAUCAUCCUCUGCUGCGGGUGACGCUGGCUCCUGUCCUGCCCCAUCCGCCUCAGCCUCCGCCUCCGCCUCAGCCUCUUCCGUCACUGGUAAGACCAGUGCAGCGACUUCCGCUGCAGCCUCUGCUCGUCUGAAGAGGAACGGGAAGCUGGGGAGGUCGAUUUUGAGGAAGUAGAGUUUUUUGUGGUGGUCUCGCCAAUUGUGGCUCUUGAUUGGGUCUUCUUCGUUGUCUUCU